AACGACUUUAGCGACAAUAUUUUGAUGUAUAAAAAGGCUGGCAAGUUUCAUCUUGGCACAUUAUUUCAGAAUUGUGAAGAAGCAUCAGUGUAAAGCCAAAGAUAUUCAGCAAGAUGUCGAAGUUCACUUGUUUAUUUCUGUGUAUUGUGGCUGCAAGUCUAACUAAGGUUUCUGCCAUUACUGACGAAGAAAAGGCUGCUAUACGGGCAUUAAUGCAGCCUAUCAUUGCCGAGUGUUCUGAGGAGCACGAUGUCAGCGAAGGAGACAUAGAGACUGCCAAGGAAACUGCUAACGCUGACGCCAUCAAACCUUGCUUCUUGGGAUGCAUUCUGAAGAAGACCAACGUUAUAGAUGACAAUGGUAAAUACGAUGUGGAAACGAGCAUUGAACAAAUGAAGAAGUUGAUUAAGAGUGAGGAGGAUAUAGAAAAACUUGAAAAGAUUGGAAAAGAGUGCUCUGCAGUAAACGACAAAGAAGUCAGUGAUGGCGAGGAAGGCUGCGAGAGAGCCAAGCUUCUGAUCGCAUGCUAUUUCGAACACAAAUCUGAAGUACCAGAUUUCGCGGAAUUGUAACAUUUCAGAUCCCCGUUUAACUGGAGUUUCUACGCAAAGAUGCAACGGAUUUUUUGAGCACCCAAAUGAGGCACGUUUCUGAUGUUAAUUUUAUUAAGUUUAUAAGAGAUAUAUAAAUAAAGCAAUUAUCGUUAAA